CCCUGCAGCGCAAACACUCUCAGAUCCUCCCUGUGCUCGACUCGCCGUCAGGAUGUCCAACAUAGCUCACGAGCUGUCCAGGAGGCAGGACAAGGAGGACGGCCUGGGCAGCAACGAGAAGGCCAUCAUCUUCAACAACCAGGACUUCCAGAGCCUGCAGCGGGAGUGCCUGGAGCGCAGGACCCUCUUCUGCGACCCCACCUUCCCCGCCGAUUCCAGCUCCCUCGGCUACAACCAGCUGGGCCGCUACUCCUCAAAGACCGCGGGGGUGGAGUGGAAGAGGCCUAAGGAGCUGUGCUCAAACCCUCUGUUCAUUUCCGAUGGAGCCACCAGGACGGACAUCCGCCAGGGAGCUUUAGGUGACUGCUGGCUGCUGGCGGCCAUCGCCUCUCUGACUCUGGACAGCGAGAUUCUAGCACGUGUGGUUCCUUCUGCACAGAGCUUUACAGAGGACUAUGCUGGGAUUUUCCACUUUCAGUUGUGGCAGUAUGGCGAGUGGCUGGACGUCGUCAUUGAUGACCGUUUGCCUACAAGAAACGGGGAGUUGCUGUUUGUCCACUCUGCAGAGGGCAACGAGUUCUGGAGCGCCCUGCUGGAGAAGGCCUACGCUAAGGUGAACAGCUCCUAUGAGGCUCUUUCUGGAGGGUCCACCACAGAGGGCUUUGAGGACUUUACCGGCGGCAUCUCUGAGAGUUACGAGCUGAGGAAAGCUCCACCCACUUUGUUCAACAUCAUCAAGAAAGCACUGAGUCGGGGCUCUCUGCUGGGCUGCUCUAUAGACAUCACCGGCUCAUAUGAAAGCGAAGCUAUAACCAGGCAGAAGCUGGUGAAGGGCCACGCCUACUCUGUCACUGGAGCAGAAGUGGUCCAUGUAUAUGGUAGUCCGGUUGAGCUGGUGCGGCUCCGGAACCCAUGGGGUCAGGUGGAGUGGAUGGGCGCGUGGAGUGAUGACUCCAAAGAGUGGGACCGGGUGCUACCAGAGGAGAAGGCCAAACUGGAUUACUCAGCAGAUGAUGGAGAGUUCUGGAUGGCCUAUUCAGAUUUUAUUCAGCAGUAUUCUAAGCUGGAGAUCUGUAACCUCACUCCAGACACUCUAAGCAGUGAUGGGGUGUGUCGCUGGAGCCAUCACCAGUUUGAGGGCACCUGGAGGGUUGGCUCCACUGCCGGUGGCUGCAGGAACAAUCCAGCUACAUUCUGCUCAAACCCCCAGUUUGUAAUAAAGCUGGAGGAGGUGGAUGAUGACCCCCAUGAUGGAGUAGACGGCUGCUCAUUCCUGGUUGGUCUGAUGCAGAAAGACGGACGCAAAGAAAGACAGUUCGGACGGGACCUGAACACCAUUGGAUUUGCCAUCUAUAAGGUUCCAGAUGAGUAUAAAGGUGACAACAACGUCCACCUGGGUCCUGACGUGUUGCUGCGUCAGAGAGCCAUCGCCAUGAGCAACACCUUCAUAAACUUGCGUGAGGUGUGUGGCCGCUUCAAACUGCCGCCAGGAGAAUACGUCAUUAUCCCCUCCACCUUCGAGCCGCAUCUCAAGGGCAGUUUUAUCCUGCGCGUGUUCGCUGAGAAGCAGGCCACAGCCAGCCCGAUGGAGUCAGACAUCCGUGCUGAUAUUAAAGAGGAGGAUGUCUCAGAGAAAGAUGUGGACCCCCAUUUCAAGCACCUUUUCAAGCAGAUCGCUGGAAACGAUUCUGAAAUUUCAGCAGUUGAGCUGAAGAAGAUUCUGGACAGAGUCGUGUCUCAGCGAACUGACCUGAAGACGGAUGGCUUCAGUAUGGAGACCUGUCGCCACAUCAUCAGCCUGAUGGACAGAGACGGUAACGGAACACUUGGGCUGCUGGAGUUUCACACUCUCUGGAUGAAGCUGCAGAAAUAUCUGGAGAUCUUUAAGAACCGUGACAUGGACAACUCUGGCACCAUGAGCUCGCACGAGAUCAGAGAGGCGCUCAUUGAAGCAGGCUUCCAGCUGAACACAUCAGUGCUACAGGUGAUCAUCUCGCGUUUCGCUGAUCUGGAGAGCGCCAUCGACUUUGACUGCUUUGUGGGCUGCCUGAUUCGGCUAGAGAUGCUCUUCCAAAUGUUCACGAAGUUUGAUAAGAAAAAUACUGGGAAGAUCGAGCUGGAUAUUAUGCAGUGGCUCUGCUUGGCCCUGAGCUAGGCCUCUGCUGGGGAUCAAUGAGCUCCAGUAUGACUGAAGAAGAUUAAGCUCAGCAAAUCCAGCAAGGAGGAAUAAAUGCCUGAAUAUGGUGCAGUUUUUUCAGAUUUUGUUUUCAACAAGAUCUGAGCAGUGUUUAUUACAUCUCUGCAGAAAGAGCCACCUAGCGCCAUGACUUUAUUUGUUUACACUGAUGGAAAUAUCUGCAGUAAUAAAAACUCCCUUUGUCAUUUAAAACAA